AUGACUUCCGAAGAGAAUAAUGAGGUGAAUAAAAAAAUGGUGAAUGAUAAAGUGGAUAAUGAGAUGGUGAAUAAUAAAGUGGAUAAUGAGAUAGUGAAUGAUAAAGUGAAUAAUAAAGUGGAUAAAGAGAUGGUGAAUGAUAAAGUGAAUAAAGAGAUGGUGAAUGAUAAAGUGAAUAAUAAAGUGGAUAACGAGAUGGCGAAUAAUAAAGUGAAUGAUGAGCUGGUGAAUAAUAAAGUGAAUGAUGAGCUGGCGAAUAAUAAAGUGAAUGAUGAGCUGGCGAAUAAUAAAGUGAAUGAUGAGCUGGCGAAUAAUAAAGUGAAUGAUGAGCUGGCGAAUAAUAAAAUGAAUAAUGAGACGGUGAAUCAUAAAGUGGAUAAUAAGACGGUGAAUAUUAAAGUGGAUAAUGAGACGGUGGAUAAUGAGACAGUGAAUAUUAAAGUGGAUAAUGAGACGGUGGAUAAUGAGACAGUGAAUAUUAAAGUGGAUAAUGUGACGGUGAAUAAUAACGCGAUUAAUGAAGAAGACUUAUGUUUGAAUAAAAAUUUUAAUGAAGAUUGUAAAAAUUUUUGCAAACAGCUCGUUUACAGUCAAUCAAUUAGAGAUAGCAAAGACUGUUUUUCUGUAGACGAAUAUGAAGCUUAUGAAGUAACUACAAAUAAUCCAAAUAAUUUGAAUGGUUCGGUAUAA